CCCAGUUUCCAUUGUCAUCCUUCCAGAUUUUCAACCACCACUCUGUGUCGGAUCGCCCACCUCAAACCUCCACAACAACAACCAAAUAUGGAAGAGGGUGAUUCCCUUCUCACCUUAAGAAGAUGGGAUGAUCUCAACUCCGACAUACUACGUAAGAUUUUCGGUUCUUUCGACUACAUCAGUGAUGCAACCUCAGCUAUUGCUCAGGUUCGUUGCAGCGCCGUUUGUAUUGCUUGGCGUUCGAUUCUAUGUGAUCCUCAGCUCUGGGAUGUUCUAGAUUUGUCUUGGUUGAAAUCCAACUUCAUCAAGAUCCAUCAGGAGCCUUACGUCUAUGUGGAUAGCCGGUCCGACGAGACAUUGAGCCGGGUUUUGAAGGUCUCGUUGAGUCUUAGCAGAGGUAACAUUACCACUUUGGUUUUAAACCCCGAGUUGUAUAUCAGUGACGACCAGCUGACGUUCACUGCUGAAAGGUGCCCGAAUCUAAAACGACUAGUGAUGCCAACCGGGGACAGAAUAAAGAAGACUGGAAUCUGCCAGGCAAUUCGGAAUUGGCAAGAACUCGAAUCGCUGACAGUGCCGGGCAUAAUGUAUCCCCCGUACCUAAUGGAGGUGAUCUCCAAUCACUGCAGUAACUUCAGGGAGCUAAAGAUCAUGGGUCGUUUCGACGUCAGAUUCGCUUCAACAUUAGUUGGUACUUAUCUUCCUAAUCUCAAGGUCAUGAGCCUGCGGUGUUCGCAGCUGGUUAGGGAAGCUUUGAUCACUAUAUUGGACGGGUUACCACAGCUAGAAGUCCUCAAUAUAGCACAUUGUGUGCUUCUGAUUGAACCCCCGCGGCGUAAUCAGCCUCUCCAAAUUGUUGAGGAGCUUGAUGAAGUUAUUCUUGAGAAGGCUUCUCGGUUAGAGAGAUUCAUAACGUGCACGCAAAUAGACCGGUGCAUCAUGUGCCAAAGGGCCAGAAACGAUGGGGGGAUUAUGAAAUGGUAUAAAUAUGAAGAAGGGCUCUGGAAACAAGAUGAGGUGAACACUCUUGCUCUUUGAUUCUAUUCGAGUGUGUUAUGCUUGUAACUCCAAAAAUAAGUUCUGUAUCAAAUCGGGAUAUUUAAUUUAUGGAGAUUACAGUGGUUAGAGAAAGUUGGAGGAGAUAUAUAUCAUGGUGAUGAUGUGAAUAAAGCCGGAGAUUAUGAAGUAUGGCAUAUAUUGAAGGUUAUCGAAGCCACCGUCAUUUUCCUCGACUGAACUCCGUGACUCCUAGCUCUUAGCAACCCAACAAUCAACUCAAGUGUCGCCAAAUUGGAUAGUUAUGAGAGCACGUCCAACAAAUUCCUUAAAUUCUUUGAAUUUCUUUAUUUUGGGGAAUAUGGGAUCAUUUUCCACUCCAACAGUUUCCCUAUCUCAUUCCCUAAAAUAGGGAAAGAGAUGAAAGAGAAACUUUGUUUCCCUAUAUUUACAGAUUCUCUAAAAAUAUUUAGGGAAAGAAGAAUUGAAUGUUACACAUUCUUCAAAGCUUAAA